CUCAUCGACUGCGACACGGCGGACAACGAAGGGUGCCAGGGCGGGCUCAUGGACAACGCCUUCGAGUACAUCAAGAGCAACGGCGGGCUCAUCACCGAGGCUGCCUACCCGUACCGCGCCGCCCAAGGCACCUGCAACGUCGCGAGAGCGGCCCAGAAUUCCCCCGUGGUGGUGCACAUCGACGGGCACCAGGACGUGCCGGCCAACAGCGAGGAGGCGCUGGCCCAGGCGGUGGCGAACCAGCCCGUGUCCGUGGCCGUCGAGGCCAGCGGGAAGGCGUUCAUGUUCUACUCCGAGGGGAUCUUCACCGGCAGCUGCGGCACGGAGCUGGACCACGGCGUCGCGGUGGUCGGGUACGGCGUGGCAGAGGACGGCAAGGCGUACUGGACGGUGAAGAACUCGUGGGGGCCGUCGUGGGGGGAGCAGGGCUACAUCAGGGUGGAGAAGGAUUCCGGCGCCGCGGGCGGGCUCUGCGGCAUCGCCAUGGAGGCGUCCUACCCCGUCAAGACCGACAGCAAGCCCAAGCCCACGCCCAGGCGCGCGCUCGGCGCCUGGGAGUCGCAGUGAUCGACUCGUCUGCGUGUCUGAAUUAUUUCUACUAUCAUUCCUACUAGUUAAAUUAGGGUGAAAAUAAAUUACAGCUGAGUCAAGUGCUUCUCCGUCCACACGCAAUAAUUAGGUGUGUGUAGCGUGGGGCCAGGACGAUACACAUAAUUUGUUUGGAUUUAUGUAAGUAAUGUAACAAUGUAACAAUGUAAUAUACUGGUAAUGUUAGUUCAAAAUUUAAAUUUGAA